AUGUCGCUCUUCGGUUCUGUCGGCACUACGUCGACAACAGCGGGCCAAACAAACACCACCGGCGAUAUAUCUAAAGAUGUCGCCCUCAAUUCGCCUCCUGAAGAUAGCAUUUCUGAUCUUCAGUUUUCUCCCGCCAGUGAACAUCUUGCAGUAGCUUCAUGGGACAAGAAAGUCCGCAUUUAUGAGAUCAAUGAUCAGGGACAGAGCGAAGGAAAAGCUCUCUUUGAGCAUGAAGCUCCAGUCUUAAGCUGCUGCUGGGCACCGGAUGGAACGAAAGUAGUAGGCGCUGGUGCCGAUAAGGCCGCACGCAUGCUCGAUCUCGCUGCCAAUGCUACCACCCCCGUCCAAGUCGCAGCCCAUGAUGCUCCGAUCAAAUGCUGCCAGAUGAUUCCAAACCCUGCUGGAGGCACACCCCUUUUAGUGACCGGCUCGUGGGACAAGACAGUCAAAUACUGGGAUCUACGGCAAUCGACCCCGAUCGCCACGGUAGAAUGUCAGGAUCGUGUCUACACCAUGGAUGUCAAGAACAAGCUGCUAGUGGUUGGGACUGCGGACCGAUACAUCAAUAUCAUCAAUCUCGACAACCCCACCAAAUUCUACAAGACUAUGCAAUCCCCUCUCAAGUGGCAGACGCGAGUAGUCAGCUGCUUUACAGAUGCCACAGGUUUUGCUGUUGGCAGCAUUGAGGGCCGCUGUGCUAUUCAGUACGUGGAAGACAAGGACUCUAGCUCGAACUUCAGCUUCAAGUGUCAUCGAGAGACACCCCCAAACCAACGCGACAUCAAUAACAUUUAUUCCGUCAAUGCUAUCUCUUUCCACCCGGUUCAUGGCACGUUCAGCACCGCCGGCAGCGAUGGAACCUUCCAUUUCUGGGACAAGGACGCCAAACAUCGCCUAAAGGGAUAUCCCUCCGUAGGGGGGACCAUCUCCAGUACAGCAUUCAACCGCAAUGGUAAUAUAUUUGCCUACUCUGUGAGCUACGAUUGGAGCAAAGGCUACUCGGCCAACACCCAACAACUUCCCAAUAAAGUAAUGCUUCAUCCGGUUGCUCAGGAAGAAGUGAAGCCCAGACCCGGUACCAGGAAGAGGUAAUCUCAUCUUAUCUGGGUUAUGAUGUUGGCGCAGUUGGGGGUUUGGUGUAGUCGGUGUCAGCCUUGGGUUGGUAUCUUUCGAACUUUUGAGUCCCUUGUCCAGUGAUAUGAAUGGUCAGCGGUCGACAGCUCCCUUCCUGCGUUACUUUCUUGAGGGUUUGGCUGUUUUAUCUUUUUAUGUUAUUAUCCCCGAUUUAUGUACCUUUUUUUCACUUUUUCCUGUAGGAAUGCAUAUGAGCGAAUUAAUCUAUGAUAUCUUUGCAUGUUUGCAAUUUCUCGUGGAUGAAAAU